AGGACAGUGCGGCAGCACGGAACGGGGGACUGCGUGGUGGAAAAGCCAUGAAUGAAGAGGAGAUCCAAUUGAACACUACUCGGCUGUUAACGGAACACUUCGGGUUCCAGCCCAUCACGGUGAUCGACGACAUCAUCAACGUGAUCAACGAAAUCAUGUACCGAUGUACGGAGCAGCUGGAGCAGAUCCUCAUCAACCAGAAGCUGCAGCUGGAAGAGAGCGCCAACGAACGGCUACUGCAGCAGAGAAGUGACGACAUUAUCGUGGACGCCAACUUGUCCAAGACGAGGGAAGAGAAGCAGUACUCGGUGGAGGAUAUCCAGACCGGAACGGCGACCUUGGAGUCGUUGCUUGAACACAGCAUCAACCGUAAUUUUGACAAGUUCGAGGUGUAUGCGCUCCGAAACGUCUUCACGUUGCCUGAAGACCUUGUCUCCGGGGGGCACGUUCGUCUCAAGCACCACGAAGGCCUGCAGGUGUACGACAACAUAGUUCAGAAGGACAGGGAGAUCACCCAGGAGAUGCUGGAGACGGUGCGGCAAAUACAGCAGCAGGUCGAGUUUAACAAGGUGCUCUGCGAUGCGGUGCCGAAGUUCCAAAAGCUGGCAAGAGUAUCGAAACUGGUGAAGAUGAGACUACAGCCGCUGAUUGCAGACGAGCAAAGCGGUCCGGAGACCAGGCGCACGCUGGCCCAAUUAACGCCACUCAACGACACAAUCUUCUUUUUGGUCACGCAGCUACGAAGUACGUGUGACAAGGUGAACGCGAUGAAGGACCUGAUAAGCAACGACAAGCUUGCCGAGCGGUUUCGGCACGGCUCUAAGGAGGAGCAGCAGCUGAACCAGCGGAUCAACGUCAUCAUCGAAAAAGUUACCCAGGGCGUCACCGGGAAGCGGGCAGCAGACCCUGCCAGGACGACCGAGGGGCCCCUUGUGCCUGUGGACAGCCAAUCCGGACAGGAGAUCAUUGACUUUUUCGCCACAGAUAGUGCUGUGUCGUGAGUGCAGUCGGGCACUGUGUAUACUAGUUGUCAUGUAAAAUUUUCGAUGGAAAUGUUUUCGUUUUGUUUCUUUCAAAAAUGUAUUAUAUAAAGUCGGUGUGAUAUAUAUAACCUAUAUGUACAAAGAGUUCGGAACUUCAAAUGUUUCUUGCGUCUUCCCUAUAUUCAGACACCCGCACUAGCUUCAUGCUAACGACUUCUUGACAAAGUGGAUGGCAGUUGGAAUAGCCCACAAGCCGAAUGCAAGAAGACCAGCCAGCUUUAAGGUCAGAGCGGUUUGCUCUUCCUGUGCCUUUUUCAUUUGCUCUUGGUAGAGCA